UGACAGUAAUGACAGGACGGUCAAAUAUUCAACAGAAAAAAGAAGAGUAAAUUUCAUAAACGAAACGAGCUAACCUACAAAAUUUUACUGUGAAAAUUUCCAAAUUUCCAAACCCCAAAAACAAAAAGUUUAAAAUUAAACAAAAUGACUUUGAAACACGCAAGUUUCAUUGCAAGAACUGUAUUUAUAAAAAAUAACGAUGUGGAUGCAGCAUGUAGAGUAUUAAACAGAAUCUUAGGACGAGAGGAUAUUUUAGAUCAAUAUAGAAGAACUAGAUACUUUGAAAAACCAUUUCAGUUCCGCAGAAGAAUUAAUUUUGAGAGAUGUAAAUCAAUCUACAAUGAAGAUAUGGAUAGAAAAAUUCAAUUUGUUAUGAGAAAAAAUAGAACAGAUCCCUUUCCAGGAUGUUCAUAAAACUUGUUUUUAAUUGUAAUUGCUGCGUGUGAGAAGUAAUGUGAAGAUAAUAGUUUUACUGUAGUGUUAUUUAAGUUUAUUUGUUUAAAUAAAAAGAACAAAGACCAGAA